UUUCCGAAUUCUGUUUAAUGUGACAUUUAAUUCACUAGAGAAUGUGAAUAAUUUUAGUACAUAUUAUAAAAAUAAAAAAUGUCUCUAAGAAAAGUACUAUUUUUAACAAAAGCUGUGUGUUGCGGAGGUAUUAAGUAUCAAGCUACGAAUUUUUCGCUACAAAAUCUAUGGGUAUUAUCAGCAACUACAACUAGAUUUUAUUCUACCGAAAACUUAGGAAAUAAGAAUAAAGAAGGGAAUUCGCCAGAAAAGGUGGAUAUACUUGGUAGAUUUUUUCCACAAAAUGAAUUAGGCGUAAAGGAUGCGCAAGAAGUUAAAAAUGAGCAGGAAAAGUUUGAACAAGAACAGAAAGAAAAAUCACAAGAAAAUGAAAAAAGUUGGAGACGCAUGAAAAUGGGAUUUGCUGUGUUUGGUGGUGCUCUCACAGUUAUGGGUGGAUGUAUGGUGGUGGAAAUGGGGGCUCCAAAACGUGGAGAAGAAGGACAGAUCCUUGAGGAUGAGUUCUCAAACCUACCUAUUGUGUGGCAGUACCUUAGACGUACUUGGAAGGAACUUACUUUCUAUGAAAAGAUGAUCAAAGAGCCAUCCCGUGACAAACUACUUCCAGACCCUUUGCCACCUCCAUAUCAACCCAGCUAUACCCUAGUACUUGAAUUCACUGAUGUUCUAGUACAUCCUGACUGGUCUUAUCAAACUGGCUGGAGAUUCAAGAAACGCCCAGGCGUUGACCAAUUUUUACAAACUGUAGCAAGUUCAGACUAUGAAGUUGUCAUAUUUACAUCAGAGAAUGUGUUCAUGAUCUGGCCAGUACUUGAUAAAUUGGAUCCGGAAAACAAACUUAUAUCAUACAGACUAUUUAGAGAUUCUACACAUUUUAUGGAUGGAGUUCAUGUUAAAAACUUGGAAGGAUUAAAUAGAGAUUUGUCUAAGGUAAUUGUUGUUGACUGGAACAAGCAAGCAACUCAGUUCCAGCCAGAAAAUGCACUUAUACUUAAGAAAUGGAAAGGAGCUGAUGAUGAUACAGCACUGCUUGACCUUGCCAAUCUAUUGCAAACCAUAGCAAUGUCAAACGUGUCAGACGUGCGCGAUGUCGUAACAUACUAUAGUCAAUACGAAGACCCCAUAGCGGCCUUCCGUGAGAACCAACGCAAGUUGCUCGAACAAAUGGAGAAUGAAAAGAAAGAGCGUGAUUCACAACCAGACCAAAACCUUGCAAGAGGGUGGUUAAGGACAUUUACAAGACGUUAGCCGUACCAGGGACUGAGGUCGCAAAUUGAAUAAAUUACUUAACUUCGUAGAAUUCAUAUGUACAUAAAGCUUAAUAAUAAUUUAAAAUUCAUGAAAUAUAGCAUCCAUUUUUAUGUUUAUUUCUUAAAAAACCCUUUGUAGAUGAAAACUACUUACCACCAUUACUAGAUAAGCUAAAUUAAAAUUCUAUUGAAAAUUUUACAUAGCAUGUAUUAAAUUACAUUUUUAGAAUUUAAGUGCUAAAUUACAUAUACCUUAACAUUAGAGACUUUAGUCUGUCGUCCUCAGCAACAUAUGUUGAAAACGAGUGGAUUUUGUACGGGAGUCAGAGAUCUAAGUCUCAACUCUGAAUCUUACUCUUAGAUCACAUGCUUACAUAAAAGCGGUUGUAAAGAAAAUGGUUAAUUGACAAUAUAAAACGGCUGCAAUAAUAAAAUUAAGACAUGAAAUAAAAAGGGAUACUUAAUUUCCAUGAAUUUUUUGUUAUAUUAUUUUUUCAUCACUUUGCAUGAAAUUAGUUUCUUUAACCAAGCUAAAUGUACCUUAAAAAUUGUUAUUUGAUGAAUGUUUGGUCCUUGAAGGAUGUGUGUUGUCUGUCAGGAAAUAUAGAUUGUUUAAUAA